AUGUAUAAUUUUUUCAAUAACCUGGAGAUAGCAAAAAAUAAAAUUAUUAGUCACCUUCAUAAAGAACUAUUUGAAGAAAAAGAUAAAGAUGAAUCGUAUUUUAUUCAAGAAGAAAGAAAUAUGAAUUGUUGUAAGCAAAAGUCAGUAGAUUUAUGUGUAUCGUCAACAGAGAAAUCCCCCUCAAAAGAAAAUCAUGUAAAUGAAGAGGACAUAAUAUAUGAUCAUAAUAAUAAUAAUAAAAAUAAAAAUAUUAACCACAAUUUAAUAGAUAGUACCAAAAGAGAAGUACUUAUUCAAACAAAUUUACUUGAGGAGGAAAAGAAAGACAUAAUUACUAACAUUUUAACAAACGAGGGAAAAUAUAAAACAGGAAAAAAUAAACAAAAUGAUAUGGUACCUCUAGAUAAGGAUCAAAAGGUAUUUAUGGAUUUUGAAUAUAAUCAAAAGGAUGCUUCAGAUAAGGAGGUGUAUUAUGGAAACAUGACAAUAUGCACCCAUGAAAAAAAAAAAAAAAAUCCUUUUGAAGAUUAUAAAAAUGAAGAGGAUUGUAAAUAUGUAAUUAAUGAAAAUAAAGAAAUUAAUGAAAAUAAAGAAAUUAAUGAAAUCAAUGAUAAUAAUAUAUAUAAUGUUGAUGAUAAUAAUAAUAAAUAUAAAUAUAAAUAUAAUAAUUAUGAUGAUAAUAAUAAAUAUUAUGAGAAUGCUCAUUUUAAUACGAACAAUUGUCAUACAAAUAAUAAGGAACUUUAUUUAUUGGAAAAAAAACAAAAUGAUGUCGAUUCCUUAUUAAUAUUAAAAAAUGAAAAAAAUUAUGUUAAAAAAAAAGAAAAUUUAAAUAAUAACAUAUCACCAUCCUGUGUCAUAAAUAAAGAUGGGGAAAACGAAAGGAACCGUUCUGUUUCUGAACCUUUCAUAGAUAUAAUUAAAGAUGAAGAAGAAAAAAAAAAAGAAGAAAGGACCUCCCAAUAUCAUAAUCAAAAUGAAAUAAAAAAAAUUAAUCAAAAAGAUGUAUCUGUAGAAACGGAAUUUUAUAUGAAAGAUUCUCUUUUAGAUAGUCUUGAAAAACUUUUAAUAAAAAAUGUAAGUUUCAAUUUUGUGAGGAAAGAAUAUAUCAAUAUAUUUGAGGAUAUGAUAACCUCAAAAAGGGAUGUAACGUGGAAAAAAAAUAAAAAAGAAAUGAAUAUAGAGGAAAAGAAACUCUAUAAUAAUAAACAUAAUAAUAAUGAUAGCUGUUCAAAGUUUUGUGGCAAAGACAAAAAUAAAGAUGAACAAAAAAAAAUAGACAAUAUUAAAGAUCAAAAUGAACAUUUCGAUAUGUUAGGAAAAUUACUCAUGAGUGAUAUGAAAAGUCUUUUUACAGAUACCAUUUACUGCUCUUCAGAUUUGAAUAAAAUUAAUAAUUUUAAUAAUAUGAUAAACAAAUAUGUAGAAGAAAUAAAAACGUUAAAGAAAAAAGAGAAAAUAUUAAACGAUAUAAACGAAAGGCAAACAUUUCAAUUAUUACAGCUAGCUCGACAAAUAUCACAUAUAAAAACUGAACAAGAUAUUUCUCAUGAUAUAUUGAAUGAUGAUAUUAGAUCAAGGGAAAAAUGUGAAUAUAUGGAAAAAGAAAUUAAAAAAUUAGAAAAAGAAAAUGAAAAACUACAAAAUCAUUUAAAAGACAAAAUGACAUAUAUGAAACAAAAUUUCGAACUAAAAUGUUAUAUUCAAAAUAUACAAGAAGAUAUAAAAAAUAAAAACUUUUUGUGCACAAAAAUUAAUGAAGAAAAACAUCAACUUGAAAACAAAUUAAUAAAAUAUUAUGAAUAUCUACAAAUUAUUAAAGAAGAUCUAUAUGGUUAUAAAAAAUUACUUUAUGAUUUUAAAAUAAACGAAAAACAUGUAGUCAAUAGGUUUAAAAUGUUUUUAACAAAUUAUAAAAAGUGUCAUCAUGUGAAAUCUUAUAAACUUGGGAAGGAAAGUGACGGAUGGAUUAUUCAAAAAAAAGCAAAAAGAAAAAAAAAAAAAAAAAAAAAAAAAAAAAAUAUGAACAAUUGGAAAUUUAGUCAUUUAAAGGGGGGAAAUUUCAAAAGUGCAAAAUUUUUAAAAUGGAUAGAUGAUGAUAAUAUGUUACAUAAUGAUGAUGAUAAUAUCAUACGUAAUGUUGAUGAUGAUAAUAAUAUCAUACAUAAUGAUGAUGAUAAUAAUAUCAUACAUAAUAAUGAUGAUGAUAAUAUGUUACAUAAUAAUGAUGAUGAUAAUAUGUUACAUAAUGAUGAUGAUAAUAUCAUACAUAAUAAUGGUGAUGAUAACAAUGUGAUUUAUGGGGAAACACCUUCAAACCAUAAUAUAUCUUGCAAAACCAAAACAAACAACACCAUUAAAAACAUAUUGAAUUAUAAUUCUACAAAAAAUUGUUUACCAAAAGAACUAAUAAACAAAAUUAAUUAUUAUAAGUAUCAAUUGGAUGAAUAUAAAUCCAUAUAUUUGAAAAAUAAAAAUAAUGCCCAUAGUCAAUUAAGGGAAACAAAAAAAUUACUUUCAUAUGAAAUUAGAAAAAAUAAAAUGAUUGAGAAAAAGUAUGAGCUUCUUUCAAAUAAAUUUCAAGACAUAUAUACUACAUUUAAUGAUGAAAAAAAGGAUAUUCAUAAUAAUAAUAAUAAUAAUAAUGAAAAUAGUUAUAAAAAAGAUUCCAUAUCAACACAAGAACUUUUGAAUGAAAUAAAUCUUCUAACAGAAGAAAUCAAAAAAUUUAAAGAAGAUCAGAUAUUAUUACAACAAGAUGUAAAUAAUAAGAGUAAAAUUAUAUCUCAUUUAAUAAAAAAACAUGCUUUGAGCGAAGAACAUUUUAGGUUAGACAAAAGUUUCAACAUUUUUAACAACAAAUUAACUUAUGAUGAAAUGAAAAAAGUUAUGGAAGAGACAUUAAUUGAAAACAUUCGACUAAGAACUGAUUUAAUGACUCUUGCCAAAAGCAUAAAUAAAUGA